AUGGGACACUUAAAAAGAUUCUUUUCCAAACUCGGAAAGAAAGUACAUAAAAAAGGAAAUUCUCAGACAGAAUCAUCCUCUCCAGACUUUAAAUCUGCCGAAUAUUCGCCAGCUACGACACCAACACCAACAACAUCUCCAGCUCAAGUAUCAGCAAAACCACAAUCAACAAAAGUAACCCCAAAUUCCAAUCUUAGAGAGAACUUGGAAGCAAUCAUCAGAGGAAUCCAAGAGAACAAGAUCCUAGAGGUUUUCGACAAAUACUACCAUCCAGAGAUUGUAAUGUACGAGAAAGGUGACUCUACCAAUAGAGUAGGAUUUGAAGCCAACAGAAAAGCUGAACAAGGUUUUGUCAGUAAUGCAACCAUCCAUGAAGCCAAGGUACUCAAGAUUAUUGUAGAUGGAGAAAACACUGGUUAUGAAAUGUAUAUGGAUUUCACAUAUGGUGGUAACAAAGUACAGAAAACACAAUGGGCAUUCCAGCAAUGGAAAGACAAUAAAGUAAUCAAAGAAGAAUUCUUUUAA